CGUGGGUCUGCGCUGGGCGUGGGCUUCACUCACUCCCCAGUACCCACUCCCCGUCCUCUCCUGCUCUCACACUGGAGCCACAUUGUUCGACGCGGGCACAUUUGGGUCGAACCGAUGCCACUCGGAGUGCCUUCAAGUCGCCCAGUGCUAUCUAGCCAAGAACAAGUGGUAGAUACUCAUAAUUUGGUUGUUUGAAGACGACCGGAAGCGGUACGGAGGCUGGAUAUCUUAAAUUGAAGAGGGAACUUGAGUUGGAACGUCUUGUUUUACACCUCUCAUUUGGCAGACGAAACAUCGCUUAUCAGACGCCCGCUCGUUAAAACAUGCACAUUUGAACCAGUCAGAGCUAACUAUCUCUGCUGAUCACAGCUCCUGCAGCAACGUGCGUGAAUGUGUGUGUGAACCACCGCAACAAAGAUGACGGAGUAUAAAUUGGUGGUGGUGGGAGCUGGAGGCGUGGGCAAGAGUGCACUCACCAUCCAACUCAUCCAGAACCACUUUGUGGAUGAGUAUGACCCCACUAUUGAGGACUCUUAUAGGAAACAGGUUGUUAUUGAUGGAGAAACCUGCCUGCUCGACAUCCUGGAUACUGCAGGUCAGGAGGAAUACAGUGCAAUGAGGGACCAGUACAUGAGGACAGGGGAGGGAUUCCUCUGUGUGUUUGCCAUCAACAACACCAAAUCCUUUGAGGACAUACAUCAAUACAGGGAACAGAUUAAACGUGUGAAAGACUCCGAUGAUGUUCCAAUGGUGCUUGUGGGCAACAAAUGUGACCUCCCAGCACGCACGGUGGACACAAGGCAAGCCCAGGAACUCGCCCGUUCCUAUGGCAUCCCUUACAUCGAAACCUCUGCAAAGACACGACAGGGAGUGGAAGAUGCCUUCUACACACUGGUCAGAGAAAUUAGGCAACAUAAACUGAGGAAGCUGAACCCACCGGAUGAGAGCGGUCAGGACUGUAUGAGCUGUCGCUGUGUUGUAUCAUGAUGAAGUUCUCCUGCACUGCUCGGAAUGAAAUGCUACAGCACAAGAAUUCACAGCAGGGACUUGAAAAGAGCAAGAAAAAAACUGAAUAAUGAAAAUUAAAAGAAAGAUUGCAAUUUUGGUCUUGCAAGAAGACGCUGAACCAGAGCCCUUUUUAUGGACAGGCGGAUAUGGACUGUUGCCUAUGUGGCUGCCUGAACAAGCUUAGCCAACCGUCUUUUUUUUUUUUAAACCUUGUCAGCCUGCAAGCAACACCACUAAUCACUGACAACUCCAACAUGGUCUUUCUUCAUAACUAACUUAUUGUUUUCAGUCUCAACACUGUCCUACAGGGGGCGACUCGGACCCUUUCACCCCACCCUGAAAUGCUCAUUUCACAUUGGGCAUUAGAAGUCAUUGGACAUGUUUACUCAAGAACCACUUGUGUGACCCACUUCAAAAAUAAAGUCCAACUACCUCCCUUUAAAAGUGGAGGCUGACCAGGGAAUUUAUAGAAUGUGUUGUUAUUGUUUAACAGUUAGCCUUGCUGAAAAAGAUGUGCAUUUUGGUUUAGAACUGGAACAUAUUUUUGUGGGAGGAAUAAUUGAAAAUGACUAAGCACUAUUGAUUUAUUUCAAAGAGCUACUGCAAGCAUUUUUCAAGACUUGACGAUACAGUACUGUUAUAAGGCUGUUUCCCUAGGUCGAGGAAGCAGGCAAAGGCACCCCAUUUAUUUGACUUCCAUUCAAAAUAUUCACUGAAAAAGGGUUAUGAAAGACAUGAAAUGCAGAGCUUUAUAAAGCAUUUUUGUCACUAUGCUGUAUAUAAAGUGCUAUAGCAAUGCACUCAAUUUACUAUUUAGUUAAAUUGGAUUUUUUUUUCUUUUUGAGUGUGUGUGUGAACAAGUAACAUCAAAUCCAUUAGGCCAUAAAUUUCUACUACCUGCACAAAUAGCGAAUUGGGAUUAAAAGUGCAAGUCUGAGUUCUGAUAAACUGCCUUAAAUUCUCUGCAAGAGUUGUCUUUAUGGAUUACAAGUUAGUAGUAAUAAUAAUGUUUGAUGUUAAAAAAUCAGUCAUGAGUAAUGGUUACUGCAUAGUACAUUGUUGCUGGUGCAGUAAGAUGCAUAUCUGUCCAAAUUACAUUGCACUGUUAGGGAGGGUACAGUGCAUUUGCACAGUUGCUUCAUCUGGAGAAAUUUUUCUAGUAUGAUUGGAGCAACAUGCUACGCUUGCACAGUUACACAAACAGGAUUUCGGUAGAAAUGGUUUAUUUUGGAAGGAACAUGCUAUAAGUGUUCUGUGUGCUUCUAAACCUCAUUCCAGAGUUUUUAAAAAAGUCUCAUCCUUUGCCGAGUGUAACACAAACACAUGACAUGCCUCAGAAUGCUUCAACUUUUCACACAACUCAUUACCCUCAAGAACCAUGUGUAUACUGUACAUGUAUGUGAGUGGUUAAUAUAUGUAAUGAAUGCUGGAUAAUAGGGUGCGCUGUUGUGUUUCUCAAACUUGACUUGCUCAUAAUCUGUACUACUGCAUUCAUUUGCUACUUAAUUCAAAAGAUUGCUCUUACCUGUUUGUACUUUGUAGCUUCUUAUAUAUGCACAUGAAAAGUUCUGCCUGUUGUUUACUUUGUGUGCAACUACAGAAAAAGCAUGUUGGGUUAAGACAUGCACUGUAUAGAAAUUGAAGGUCAACUUGCAGCAUACUGAAGUGUCGAAAAGAGAAAGGUUUUAUGUAGUAUAUAGCCAAUAAAAGCCAAAUUGCCUCACUCUUUUGCUUAAUUUGUUGGAGUUAGUGACUUUAGUCCUUUAAAAUCCCACUCACAUCCCAUGUAAACAUAUAGGAUCGUUCCCGAUGUAGUGUGUAGGUGAGCUCACUUUUUUCCCACCACACGUUACAAGUCAUAAUUAGCAUGCACACCCAUGCUAUGUCAAUAAACAUCCAGAACUUAACUGUGAAUGUGUCUUUUGAAAGUAUUCAUCUAUGUUUGUAAUUCAUGUGGUUCCAACUGGGCCACCUGAAACAUUAUGAUAGGAAGUUUUUAAUGUUGUUUUUGUUAUCUCCCAUUAUUGUUUGUCUACUCCAUGCUAUUGCCACAACUCCACAAAACUAUGCAUAAAAUCUCAUGGUUUUAGAAUGUCUUGUAUUGUUGCCGCAUGGAUACUUAGCCAGUGAAGCCGAAUCUACGUGUCACUAAAAGACUAGAGGUUUGGACUCCUCUAUUUGCAAUGCUCUCAAGGGCUUCCUUCUCCCUUGAACACUAUAGAAUGAAAGUGUGGUUGGAAUUUGUAAAAAAAAAAAAAAAAAAAAUGUCUGUUCAGCUAUUUAAGAUGUAUGUACUCUUUAAAAAUGUCAAAUGUUUAGUGGGGCAGGAAUAAAGAUUAUGGUAAAUAUGUUGUUUUAUCUCAUGUGUGCUUCUUUCACUUUUGCCCUUUGCUGCUACCAACAGGUGAGAUCUUGAACAACGACAAAAAAAAAAAAAACUACAGGUACUCUGCUCUAUUACUAUGUAAUGUAAUAUGUGUAACACAAAUUAAACUUAUUGGUAUAUACCAUACAUUAUUUUAUAACUAUUGAAUAAAGCAGUGUAACCUUGUAUCAGUGGUUUACCUAAACAGUAUAUACUGUACCACUAUCAGUAAAACAAUAAAAACAACAGAUAAAUUAGUUUUUGACAGGAUAUGAAAUUGUCAUUAGAUACCAAAAAACCACAAUAAUGGUUAUAUUCAUUUAAAAAAAUGACCUUUAUUGCAUUUGUUCAAUGGUCACAGAGCAGAGAUGUUUGUUUGAGCCGUGUUGUGUACAUAUUUUUUUAUGGUUUGUAAGUCACGUGAAUGCACUAACCUGACCCUGCUCUCUUAUUGGCUUUUAAGGGUCAUAAAGUUGUAUCCUUCUCUAUAAACACAAGAAAACAACAAAGGUUGGUGAGAUUUGUUGAGAACGAAAGAAAAGACUGGAGCAAUUUUUGGUUUAAGAUCCAACAAUAAUGACAUCCUGCAAAAACACCAUUAAAAAAAUGCUACCUAAGGUAAGAGAAUAUGAUGUACUGUGUGUAUAUGUUGAUAUUACGAAAGGUAAUCAUUUAGCAGCUGAAUAGGACAGGUAGAAAAUAGAAUAAUAAUAAUAAAAAAAAAAAAGUAAUCAUCCAAUGAUCACCAUAUUGAUAUAUUGUCACUAGUAAAUAUUCACUUUUGUGCUUGCUUUUUUGCUGUUGUAUAGACAUAUCUUCGUAGUCAUGUGGCCCAUGAAAUCCAUGUUGCAUUGAUCCACUUCCAAGACCUUAUUCCAGUAAUGGAUAAAUAUAGUAAGAAAUUUACACCCCC